CUUUUCUUGCUCCUUUGUAUCAUCAUCCACUUCCACCUCCACACUCCUUUUUCCUGCGACCAAAACACUGUGUACAACCAACUCUCCAUACCCAUACGGAGUCCAGGCACCAGCCACUCGGGCGUACACAUUCCCGCGCACAUGUUCGCUGGUUGAACCCCGUCAUCAGUACUUCCUAGCCUCGCGGAUUGCCACAUCUGGGCGAAUGCGCCUGUUUGCCCGCAAUGUCACAACCUAUGCACCCAAGUUCGCAAGCUGCUCAAGCUGAGAUCCAGGAAUUAAUCAACGAGAUUUCCUUUCAAAAGGUUCUCCUCAGCUCAAUCGAUGACUCCGUUCAGAAUCGUGAGGCUGCUGAGGAUGAGGUGAAAGAGGAAAUUCGGCAGCUUGAGGCCCAACUGCGCGCACUUAGGCGCAGUACCACCACGACAGCCUCACAAUUGACUAGUUCACAACAGUCACAGUUUUCCCUCUCCGCUCAAGCACCAUCUUCUAUACCUUCUAAGAGCAAGAAGCCAGCUCAACCUACUCUCGAGGACGACUCGACGUUGACGUCAGUUGUGGAUAGCUCUAUCAUUCCCAGCCAAUGGAACUCCUCUGCAUCCUCCAUGCCCUCGACCCCAAAAUCUGCAGAUUCAUUCAAGGAGCUGAUUAGUCCAAACCAAAUGAGUCUCCCAAGUCGAAAGCGAUCCCAUAGCAAGCACCUCGAUGGUGCACUUUAUCCUCCUCAAGAGACGAAAUCUCGACGUACCUCUCCAAGCCCCUACAUGGCAGGGCCAGGAACACCUUCAUCUAUAAUGAGUUCAGGUGAUGAAGAGCUUGAGGAGUUCGGCAACCAAAUGGCCAUAGAGCAACAGAAGCUGGCGGAAGAGCGAAUCCGACAAGUAAGACUUGAUGAGGAAUUUGCCCGUAAUAUUCAGAAUGGAUCCUAUGCUCCACCAUCAGCCAGUUCUUCCAGCACACAGCCAAACACCCAAUACAAUGCCUUUGGACGAAUGUCUGGCAUGCGACCGCCACCUACAGCUGGAGUAUCUUCUUUGAAUCCACAAGCUGGUGAAUCUUCUAGUAGGAAGCUUCCAUGGAAUACCAAUAUCAAAGCAGAGCCUGCCCUCAAGGCAGAGCCUCGUUCUAUGACUUCUGGGGUCAAGCGUGAAGAGCCUUCUAACAUGGCUGCGGGCUUCAGUACCUACGCCACCAUGAAUAUCAACCGUCCAGGCAUCAAGUCUGAAGCCUCUUCAUCGAGAGCAAUGCCUGGAACCUUCCCAGACGACUCUUCCGCUGCUAGUGAUUCCGAUAUUGAAAUCAUUCCUUCUUCUGCUUUCCAUGCCAAUGGUCGUUAUAGUCGUCCAACGGGAGCCUACCAACCUCAAGAGAGCGUCAAGCGUUCACCGGAAUCCAUUGCCGCAGGGAAUGCAGCUCUGCAACGCAUGGGUCAAACUGCUACGGGCGAUGCCUUGCAGAUGGCAUUGUUUGGCGGCCUUAGGAAGCAACCAGAUUGGACCAAUGGCGCUCCUGGCUCCUCCCAGAACCCUUUCACAGGCAAGAGCGAGUUUGUCUAUCCUACCAACUUGCAUACUCCAGCACCCGGCCAAGGCUACACAAUGAGCAACCUUCCUGUGUACGGUGGAGGCCUUGCCAACCCUUCCAGUGCUUUCGGUCAGCCUGCACCAUUUUUUGACCCUCUUGACGAUUUAAUCUCUCAUGCCGGCAACAAUUUCGAUGAAAUAUCUCGACAUCUUAAUCUAGACCCAAGCAUGAACGGAACUCUUGAUUACAUCAUGAAUGACCCACGGAAGACCAACCAGGAGAUCAAGAAUCUGUUGGAGAACAUCCGUCCUGACGAAGAUCUUCCACCUGAGAACAGAGAAGGCACUCCAGAUGGAUUAGUGUACCCCUUGUACGAACACCAAAAGAUUGCUUUGACAUGGAUGAAGUCAAUGGAAGAAGGAAGCAGUAGGGGUGGUAUCCUGGCUGAUGAUAUGGGUUUGGGCAAAACCAUCUCGGCGCUCGCUCUCAUGCUGAGUCGUCGAUCGACAGACCCGCUCUGUAAGACUACUUUGAUUGUUGGACCAGUUGCUCUAGUCCGCCAGUGGGAACGCGAGAUUAGGGUCAAAAUCACACCUAACCAUAGGCUCAGCACUUAUUUAAUGCACGGCAAGGGCCGAAAGACCUCCUGGGAUGAUCUUCGAACCUACGACGUAGUCUUAACCACUUAUGGAACCUUAGGAUCCGAGUACAGACAGAUCAUCAAAUACCUUGAGGAGCGUAAAAACCAGGAGUAUGAUCAGGCCCCUAUGAGGAAGCUAUUUCCUCUUCUGGGCCCCAAGAGUGUGUUCUUUCGCGUCUUGCUCGAUGAGGCACAAUGUAUCAAGAACAGAGGCGUCCAAGCAGCCAAGGCUGCCUGCCAACUUGACUCCAAAUAUCGAUUCUGCCUCACUGGUACACCAAUGAUGAACAACGUUGGAGAACUGUAUUCUCUGAUUCAUUUCCUCAGAAUCAAACCCUACAACGAAUGGUCCAAAUUCAACACAGAAUUCGGUAUGCUGACAAAGGAGAAGAGAGGAUACGACCUCGAUAAAGCUAUGAGAAAGCUCCAGACUGUCUUGAAAGCCAUCCUAUUGCGACGAACCAAGACUUCCCUUAUCGACGGCAAGCCUAUCAUCACUCUUCAUCCGAAGACAGAGGAGAUCCAGCAUGUCGUGUUCGACGAAGCUGAGCAGGACUUUUACACAGCACUUGAGACCAAGACUCAAAUCAAGUUCUCAAGAUAUCUCAAGGCGGGCACUGUCAACAAGAAUUACUCCAACGUUUUGGUACUUCUACUCCGCCUUCGUCAAGCAUGUUGUCAUCCUCAUCUGAUCCAAGACUUCGACGAAGCCCCUAUGGUUGGAGGUCCGAAUGCAGAGGAUAUGAUGGAAUUCGCUCGUAGUCUCGCGCCUGAUGUUGUUGCUAGACUACUCGCGGCUGAAGAUGCUUUUGAUUGCCCCGUCUGCUACGAUGGUGUAGAAAACCCGAGAAUCAUAAUCCCGUGCGGCCAUGAUACGUGUUCCGAGUGCUUGGCCAAGAUUGCCGAUUCUGCAGCUCAGCAACAUGUUGCCGAAGGCGAAGAGGGUGCGGCGACUUGUAAAUGCCCUACUUGUCGUGGCGUUCUUAAUAUGAGUAAGGUGAUUGACUACGGCACAUUCAAGAAGGUCCACAAGCCUGAUGCAGUCGCCGCUGAUGACGACAACGAUCUCACAGACAGUGAGGAUAGUGACAGCGAUGAAAUCGACGAUGAUUCUGAUUCGGAAAGCGAACAAGAUAUCAACAGUGACGGAGAUCUUCGUGGCUUCAUUGUCCCAGAUGACAUCUCCGACACUGAUGGCAUCGACGACGAUCCGACUGAAGAUGAAGAGGCCGACGAUGAAGCCGAAGACAUCUCCAAGAGAUCCAAGGGCAAGGGCAAAGCUGUAGCCAAGUCCAGAUCCAAGUCCAAGAGCAAGACAAAGUCCAAGCGUCCGAAGAAGGACAAAAAAGGAAAGCAGAAAGAGAAGUCAACUCAUAUCUCCAUUGCCAUGCUGAAGAAGGAAGGAAAUAAGUCGAAGGCGGGUCGUAAGCGCUAUAUGAAACAUUUGAAGAAGCACUGGCAACCAUCGGCAAAGGUUACGAAGUGUGUCGAGUUGUUGGAACGAUUUCAAGAAGAGCAACAAAAGACUAUUGUCUUCAGUCAAUUUGUCUCGCUUCUUGAUCUUCUCUCUGUUCCCAUCAACGAGAAAAACUUCAAAUUCCUGCGCUAUGAUGGAGGUAUGUCCGCCGACGAGCGAAAUGAUGCCGUUGUCAGUUUUACGGAUUCAAAGGAUUACAACAUCAUGCUCAUCUCUCUCAAGGCCGGAAACGCUGGUCUGAAUCUGGUCGCUGCUUCUCGAGUUAUCAUCCUAGAUCCUUUCUGGAAUCCUUACAUCGAGAUGCAAGCUGUCGAUCGCGCUUAUCGAAUUGGUCAACAGAGAGAGGUACAAGUCCACCGCAUCCUAAUCGAGAAGACUGUCGAAGACCGAAUCAUCGCACUCCAGGAGAAAAAGCGAAGACUCGUUGAAUCUGCUCUUGAUGAAGGUGCAAACAGGGAAGUGGGCCGUCUCGGUGUUCAGCAACUUGCCUUUCUGUUUGGUGUUCCUGCAUAGAUACUGUUCAUUGUACAACACUACCAAGUUCUUGUUUUUGUAUUCGUUGUUUUGAUAUUUGCUUUCCACCAUAUGUCUAAAAGACAUUGUUAUGUUUGCGUUUCCUGCUUCUUUCAACACGCUGGCUGGGGUUGGUCUCAAUGGCUUAUGGCAAGGAGUUUAUGCUUUAUCUUGAUACCCUACUUGGUGUUCACCGGGCUGGAGCAUUGCAUGGCUGGAUACUAUAAGUAACGGCCUAUCGGGUUUGCUAAUAGAGGAUGAUAUGGCGCUACAGAAGAUUGAGAGUCAAAAAAUGCAUCACAUAGUGCGUAAUGG